CUCCGAGGGAAACAGCCGCCUUUUAACUAACUAUACGGUCUCUAAACUAGUCUCAAUCAAACAAACCAAGUUCAAACCAAUCUCCCGUAUUCAAACCAAUCUCCGAGAACUAAUUCCAAUUCAAUAUCCUUGAGUUUAAACUAAUAUCCGGGUUCAACCUGAUUUUUGAGUUCAAACUAUAAUCUUCAAGUUCAAAACCAACUUAUUAAGACCAUCUGAACUGAACAGCCCUAGACCAUGAAGUUUUCUUCACCAGACUUUGAACAACCUUAAGGUAUUUCUGAUUCUGAGUGAACGGUGAGAGCCCUCAAACCACUAGCAAUGAAUCUGAGUAUGGAGAAUAUAUCCAGCACCUGUCCUAUCUCAAGUUUGCAGGAGGAGAGGCUCAUGAGCGGGCUCAGCUUCUGGUUAGAGGGGGUCCUACAGUCUAUCAUCUGUUUGUUAGGAUGUAUCGGGAAUGCUGUAUCAAUAUUCCUGCUAAGCAGAAGAGAUCUCAGUAACUCCUUCAACCAAUUGCUGGCAACUCUUGCCACCUUCGAUCUUAUUUAUCUCGCCACCAUGCUGCUAGAGGCUCUAAGACGGUUUGGUUUAGAGAGUAGAGUACAUCUGUACUCAUUCCCGUACUUCCUGUACCCUCUCAACUCUAUCUCACUAACAGGUUCGAUCUAUAUGACGAUGGCUAUUGCGAUAGAACGAUAUAUCGCUGUUUACCAUCCGAUGGAUUAUAAUAGGGUUAUGACGGAUGCCACCACCCAUAGACGACGUCUGCUGGGAUACCUUGUUCCUGUAACCCUAGUCUCAAUUAUCUUUAACAUUCCGAAGUUUCUAGAAAGCGAAAUCAUCUGGGAAGAGGUAGGAACAUGUAAAGGAAGUGUUGACACAUUUUGA